UACAAACCACCAGCCAUGAGAGCUGUUGUGCUUGCCUUGACUCUAGCCUUCGUGGCGAGUCAACAAAUUAACCAUGUUCCUGAGUUUGCCCCUGAUAAGACCUAUGUAUACAAGUAUGAGGCUCUGCUCUUGGGUGGUCUUCCUCAAGAAGGUCUGGCUAGAGCAGGUAUAAAAGUCAACAGCAAGGUUCACCUCAGUGCCAUGACCGAGAACACCUUCCUCAUGAAGCUCACAGAGCCUCUAAUCCAUGAGUAUGCUGGCAUUUGGCCCAAGGAUCCAUUUGUUCCUGCCUCUAAGCUCACUGCGGCACUGGCUGCUCAGCUUCAGAUUCCCAUCAAGUUUGAGUAUGCCAAUGGUGUGGUUGGAAAGGUAUUUGCCCCAGAAGCAGUCUCCCCUACUGUACUGAACUUGCACAGAGGUAUCCUCAACAUUCUUCAGCUCAACCUCAAGAAGACCCAGAACAUCUAUGAGCUGCAAGAGGCUGGAUCUCAGGGAGUGUGCAGGACUCACUAUGUCAUCAGUGAGGAUCCAAAAACCAAACACAUUACUGUCACCAAGUCUAAGGAUCUGAAGCACUGCCAGGAGAGAAUUAUAAAGGACACUGGCUUAAGACUGGCUGAAAAAUGUGUGGAAUGCACAAAGAGGAUCAAGAGUCUGAUUGAAACUGCAACUUACAACUACAUCAUGAAACCCGCUGCCACUGGUGCUCUGCUUGCUGAGGCAACAGUUGAGGAAGUGCAUCAGUUCUCACCCUUCAGUGAGAUUCAUGGUGCUGCCCAGAUGGAAGCAAAACAAACCUUGGAAUUUUUAGAGAAUGAAAAGACCCCUGUUGUUCCAAUCAAAGCUGAUUACUUGGCCCGUGGAUCCCUGCAGUAUGAGUUUGCAACUGAGAUUCAUCAGAUUCCCAUUCAACUCAUGAAGAUCAGUGAUCCAAAAGCACAGAUUGUGGAGGUCCUGAAGCACUUGGUUGUAAAUAAUGUGGCCAUGGUCCACGAUGAUGCACCACUUAAGUUUCUUCAGCUCGUCCAGCUCCUGCGUGCUGCCACCUUGGAGAACUUUGAGGCUGUCUGGGCUCAGUUCAAGAAUGAACCAGUUUACAGGCGCUGGAUUUUGGAUGCUCUUCCUGCUGUUGGCACACCACUCAUUAUAAAACUGCUCAAGGAGAAGUUCCUGGCUGGUGAACUUACCCUUCCAGAGUUCAUUCAGGCUAUUGUGGUUGCUCUGCAAAUGGUCACGGUUGACCUGGAAACCAUCCAGUUGACUGCUAGUUUGGCUAUGCAUGAGAAAACUGCCACAAUCCCAGCUCUCCGUGAAGUUGUCAUGCUUGGAUAUGGUUCCAUGAUUGCCAAGCACUGUGUUGAAGUUCCCACUUGCUCUGCUGAUCUCCUUAGGCCCAUCCAUGAUACUGCUGCAGAGGCCAUUGCAAAAAAUGACAUUCCUGAAAUCACUUUGGCUUUGAAAGUUCUGGGCAAUGCUGGUCACCCUGCUAGUCUUAAACCCAUCAUGAAGCUCCUGCCUGUACUAAAAACUGCAGCUGCUGCUCUGCCCAUUAGAGUCCAGGUUGACGCCGUCUUGGCCCUGAGGAACAUUGCCAAGAAAGAUCACAAACUGGUUCAGCCAGUGGCCUUGCAGCUUGCAUUGGACAGGGCUCUCCAUCCAGAAGUGCGCAUGGUUGCUUGUAUUGUGUUGUUUGAGACCAAGCCAUCAGUGGCUCUUAUGUCAAGUCUUGCUGGUGCUUUGAAGACUGAAACUAACAUGCAGGUUGCAAGCUUCAUCUAUUCCCACAUCAAGUCCUUGACCAGAAUCACUGCUCCUGACAUGGCAGCUGUUGCUGGUGCAGCUCAUGUUGCUAUCAAGCUUUUAAGUCCUAAGCUGGACAGACUUAGUUUCCAUUUCAGCAGAGCCCUCAAGAUUGACAUCUAUCAUAGUCCUCUUAUGGUUGGAGCAGCUGGUAGUGCCUACAUUAUCAAUGAUGCUGCUACCAUCCUGCCCAGAGCUGUUGUAGCAAAAACACGUGCUUAUCUGGCUGGAGCUGCUGCUGAUGUUCUUGAGAUUGGUGUGAGAACUGAAGGAAUCCAGGAGGCUCUUCUGAAAUCUCCUGCUGCAGAACAAAAUGUUGAUCGUAUCACAAAGAUUAAGCGCACACUGAGAGCACUUAUAAAUUGGAAGGCUCUGCCAACCAGUCAGCCACUGGCUUCAGCCUACAUCAAACUGUUUGGACAGGAGGUGGCUUUUGCCACAAUUGACAGGACCAUCAUUGAACACGCAAUAUCUCUUGCCACUGGACCCAAACCACGUGAACUGUUGAAGGCAGCUCUGAAAGCUUUGCAGGAAGGAAUUGCCUUGCAGCGUGCCAAACCCCUGCUUAUAGCUGAAGUGCGCCGAAUCUGGCCAACAGCAGUUGGUUUGCCCAUGGAGCUUAGUAUGUACUCUGCUGUUGUUGGUACUGCAUCCAUCAAUGUUCAGGCGACCAUUACACCUCCCCUCCCUGAGCAGAUUGAGACCAUGACCCUUGAGCAACUUAAGAACACUAAUGUUCAACUCCAGGCUGAAGCUAGACCAAGUAUUGCUAUACAGAAAUUUGCUGUGAUGGGAGUAAACACUGCUUUGAUCCAAGCUGCCGUUAUGGCCAAAGGAGAAAUCCGUAUAAUUGCUCCUGGAAAAGUGGCUGCAAAAGCAGAUAUUCUCAAGGGCAAUUACAAAGUUGAGGCUCUGCCUGUUGAGCUUCCUGAACAUAUUGCUGCUGUAAGCUUUGAGACUCUCGCUGUGGCCAGAAACAUCGAAAAUCCCACUGCUGAGAGAAUUGUUCCAUUGGUACCUGAGAUGUCUGUGCAAAGCUCUGUAAGCCACACAUGUACAGUCCUUGAUAAUGACAUGUCAGCUGAGUCUGCUGUAAGAGCACCUGCUCCAUUCCACCAGACUCUCUGUGCUGCUGUCCCAUACAUCGAAAUCAAGGGAUGCGUUGAGGUGCACUCUCACAAUGCUGCUUUUAUCAGAAAUGCUCCUCUGUACUACAUACUUGGGCAACACUCAGCCCGUGCUGCACUGUCAAGAGCUGAAGGUCCUGCAGUUGAAAGACUGGAGCUUGAAGUUCAAGUUGGUCCUAGAGCUGCUGAGAGGCUUCUUAAGCAAAUCAGUCUCAUUGAUGAGGAGACUCCAGAAGGAAAGGCUUUCCUGUUGAAACUGAAGGAAAUCCUGGAGACUGAAGAUAAAAACAGACCCGUCUCUUCUGAAAGCAAAAGCAGUAGCAGCAGCCGUAUUAUCAGCAGCAGCAGCAGCAGCAGUUCAGGCUCUUCCAUGUCCAGCUCUCAUGUGACAGAGACUGCCAAUCUCAUGGAACCCUUCAAGAAGUUCCACAAAGAUCAGCACAUGACACACCAUGGAGACUCAAAGAGAGUUAGCAGUGGAAGCUCUGCAUCCAGCUUUGAGAAUAUUCGGAAACAGACUAAAUAUCUUGGGAAUACUGUUUCACCUGUUGUUGCUAUCAUUGCCCGAGCUGUUAGAGUGGAUCAUAAAUUACUGGGCUACCAGCUUGCUGCUUUCUUUGAUAAGCCAACUGCAAGAGUGCAGCUCAUUGUUUCUUCCAUUGCUGAGAAUGACAACUGGAAGUUGUGUGCUGAUGGUGUCCUGCUGAGCAAGCACAAAGUCACUACCAAGGUUGCUUGGGGUGCAGAGUGCCAACAAUAUGCAGUCACUACUAAAGCUGAGGCCGGAAUCCUUGGAGAAUACCCUGCUAUCCGUCUAGAGUGGGAAUUGGAAAGGCUUCCAAAUAUUGUCACCUCCUAUGCCAAAAAGUUGUCUAAAUACAUACCUAAGGCGGCUUUACAGACAGGCUUCAAGCUUGAAAGAGCCACAAACAAGGAGAACGAGAUCGACCUGACUGUGGCCUUGCCAACUCAGAGGUCCCUGAAUGUCAUUGUUAGGAUUCCAGAGAUGACACUGUCAAGGAUGGCUAUUCAUCUCCCUGUCACUGUUCCCAUCAAUCCAGAUGGAAGUAUUUCAAUUAAUUUUGAUCAGGACACCCUUUUCAGAAUCCAGAACUAUAUCUAUGAUUACACCACAGCUCAGUGCAGCAUGAUGGAGGAUGCAAUCACUACAUUCAACAACAGGAGGUACAAGAAUGAAAUGCCCAUUUCCUGCUACCAAGUUUUGGCCCAGGAUUGCACACCUGAGCUGAAAUUUGUAGUUCUCUUGAAAAAGGAUGCAGAGUCUGAAAAAAAACACCUUAACAUUAAACUUGCUGACAUCAAUGUCGACUUUUAUGCUUUGGGCUCCAAUGCACAAGUUAAAAUGAAUGAAAUGGAAGUGCCCAUCAGCAGCCUUCCCUACCAGCAUCCCUCAGGCUCCAUUCAGAUCAGGGAGAAGGCUGAUGGUUUGUCACUUUAUGCUCCUAGUCACGGACUUCAGGAAGUCUACUUUGCCAAUGGUCACUGGAAGAUCCAAGUUGCAGACUGGAUGAAGGGACAGACUUGUGGACUCUGUGGAAAGGCUGAUGGAGAAAUCAGACAGGAAUACACUACACCCAGUGGAUACCUGACCAAGAGUUCCGUCAGCUUUGCUCACUCAUGGGUGCUUCCUGCCGAAAGCUGUCGUGAUGCCAGCCAAUGCCGCAUGAAACUUGAAUCUGUGAAGCUGGAAAAGAAGGCUAUUUUGAAUGGGCAGGAAUCAAAAUGCUACUCUGUUGAGCCUGUGCUGCGUUGUCUCCCAGGCUGUGCACCAAUCAGAACCACUCCUGUCACUAUUGGAUUCCACUGCCUGUCCACUGACUCCAACCUCAACAUGUUUGAUGGAGUAUAUGAGAAGAGUGUAGACUUAAGAGAGACUACAGAUGCUCAUGUGGCUUGUCGCUGCACUGAACAGUGUGCUUAA